UCGGUACCACUGCCAUUGCCAAGGUUCAGUGUGCCUCCCUCCCCACGAACGGAUUAUAUUUCGUAUGCCGGACAAAACGCGAGAUAAGGUUUCGGAAUGGCACGAAGGCAGAGUAGAAAAAAAGCGCACGAGCAUUAUAAUCGCUCGUCCAUCCCCACCACGGCGCGGGCUUCCAUUCGCUUAGACGCUUAGGGAGUGAGUAAGGCAACAAAAAAUUACAUUACAAUCUAAGCACGUGCGCCGCAUCCACGGCUUCGCAAGUCCGCGCUGACCGUCAGUUAACGGUCGCGCUCAUCACCGGCCGGUAGUUCGGAGCUCAGCCUCACGUUGUUCGAAAGCAGGUUGACUUUUUCAACGGUUUAAGCCACCCAAAAUGUUGCUCAGCAUUGCGAUUGGCGCGGUUGUAGCGUUUCUAACGUACAAACUAGCCAGGCUUAUCAUUGAAGGCGGUCAGUUUCGCAAAAACACCCGCUGCGAUGGGAAGGUUAUCCUCAUCACCGGUGCCAACACCGGCAUCGGAAAGGAAACGGCUCGGGAACUGCUGAAGCGUGGCGGCAAAGUGUACCUAGCCUGCCGCUCGCUGGAGCGUGCGAACGCAGCGCGAGCUGAUAUCAUUGCGCAAACCGGACUUAGCAAUAUCCAUGUGCGCGAACUCGACCUAUCGUCGAUGGAAUCGAUACGCAAGUUUGCGCAGGGAUUCCUGGCCGAGGAAAACCGGUUAGAUUUGCUGAUUAAUAAUGCCGGUGUGAUGGCCUGCCCGAAGCAACUCACGAAGGAUGGGUUCGAGCAACAGCUGGGCGUGAACCAUUUGGGCCAUUUCCUGCUCACGAAUCUGCUGCUGGAGCGAGUGAAAAGUUCCGCACCGAGCCGGAUCGUCAAUCUGUCCAGCCUGGCGCACAAGUACGGCAAGAUCAACCAGAAGGACCUCAACAGUGAGCACUCGUACAACCAGGUGACGGCUUACUGCCAGAGCAAGCUGGCCAAUGUGAUGUUUACCCGGGAGUUGGCCAGGCGGCUGCAGGGAACGGGCGUGACGACGUACGCCGUCCAUCCUGGGACGGUCGAUACGGAUCUGCCGCGCCAUAUGGGCUCGCUGUUCUUCCUGUUCGAUCACAAACUGGUUAAACCGCUACUGCGAGUGGCUUUCAAAACGCCACUUUCUGGCGCACAGACGACCCUCUACACGGCGCUCGAUGAAGAACUGACGGAGGAAAGCGGCAAAUAUUACGCGGACUGCCGAGAACAAAAGCUGAGCAGCUACGCACGCAACGAUGAGCUGGCCGCGUGGCUGUGGGACCAAAGUGCAAAAAUGACGGGCCUCAACGUGGAGUAAAGCGAUAAGAUCUCUCGGGCGCGAGCAAAGAUGAAGGCCAGGUCGGAGCAGCAUGGCGCAGCAUGGUACCAACCGCCGGUGCUGCAAUUGAAGGCGAAUUCCAUCAUUAAAAAACAACGCGAUCUGAGGGUUUUUUGAAAGCCGCAAGGACGCGAGCGUCUGGCAAAAAAACGAGCCUAAAAGUCGGUUAACGACACCACGCGACGAGUUUUACUGUAGGUCACUGCGAGCCACAAUUAGGGCUCAAAGGAGGGCGCAAAGUCGCGGAUUUAAGUGUACAAACGCGGUCAACUUAUAAGGGAGGAAGCAAUAAACAAUGGGCGCUUUUAGCGCAACGGGAAUUGUGCGGGAAAACAUAUUUUGUUGUUAAUUAAGUUACCAAUGCCGUACGCCGCUUCGCAUGCACGUAUUAUAAUUAUGCAUAUUACGUUAUGCACCGUUGGCACCGCAUUCAUAAUAAACAAGGGUGACGACCUGCAAA